AUGACAAAUAAUAUCCAAAUAAAUAAUUCAAUUCCUUCAAAUUUAAUUAUUUCAAAUAAUUGUUGUGAAGAGGAAAACAAAAAUAAUUCUAAUUUUGAUAAAUUUAUUAACCCAAAAUUAAAAUUAAAAUAUAUAUUAGAAUACAAUUGGAUUACUUUUGGUUAUAUAAUUAAUGAAUUGGCUAAUGGAAGUAUUGAAUUUAGAAGUAUUUUAGAAAAUGGAGGAUUCGUUGAGAAGAUCGAAGCAAUAGACAUAAAUGAUGGCAAAGGCUUUACUUCAAGAUUAUUUCGGUUGAUAAUUAAUAUGAAAUAUACAAAUGGAAUUAACAACAAAACAAAAAAUUUUCCAAACAAAUUUUCUUUAAUUUUAAAAAUUUUUGCUGAUGAGAGGAUUGAAAUACUUUUAGAACAUUUUUUUGGAAAAGAAAGAUUGGAAAAAGUUAUGUUAAAAUUUAGAGAAAAAUUGGAAAUAGAAAAUGAUAAUAAUAAAGAAAUCAAUGAUCAAAUAACAGAUCCGAAAGUUAAUCCUGCGAUAAAGGAAUCAAUGGCAAUCUUUAAAAGAAUGCAUCAAAACGAAUGUGUAUUUUAUAAAAUUAUGGAUAAUAUUGAAAAUCCCCCUUUGCCUAUACCAAAAAUUUAUUUUACAAAAAAUUGUAGAGAAGAGGAAAAUAAAGAAGACGAUAAGCUUAAUAAGCUCGGGCCACAAGGAGUGAUUUUGAUGGAGGAUUUGACAGAGAAUACACAUAUUACACCUUUAACUAGAGGAUUAAAUGAAAUACAAGAAAAAUGGCAAAAAAAUUUUGUAACAAUAGAAGAAAUGUGGGGACAGAGUAGUGAAGAAUUUGGUUCAGCAAUGAUUGAACAAAUUAUGGAACUUGAUGAAGAUAUUGUGGAACCUUUUAAAAUAAUUGGAAAUAUAGUUAUGAAACCAGAUUUUGUUAAAUGGAUGAAAGAAAAAUGCGAAAAUAAUUAUGGUACGGUACUUCUUAUGUCUAAAAUUGUGGAUAAGUCUACCCUGUUUUAUGUUCAAUAA